CUAUUUGUUUGCCUCUAGAAUUCGAUAUACAAAUGGGUGAGGAAUCAUUAUUUGCAUCACAAAUAUUGCGACACCGACGCCGAUCCUCACAACCGUAACCGUGGUUUCUUCUUCUCGCAUGUCGGGUGGAUAAUGAUGAAGGAGCAUCCAAAACUGCUCGAGAAAAGCAAGAAGCUCGAUCUCUCGGACAUUCUCUCGGAUCCUGUCGUAGCAUUUAGCGAGAAAUAUUUCUCAUUGCUGCAACUCAUAUUCGGCUUCAUCCUGCCUACGAUCGUGCCUGUGUACUUCUGGAAUGAAAUGUGGGACAGGGCUAUCAUCUCUCAGGUGUUUAUACGGUACAUGAUUACUCUAAACAGCGUAGCGAUUUUCAACAGCGUAUCCCACGCAUGGGGUUACAGGCCGUACAACAGGCAUAUAAGGCCGGCGGACAACAAAUUAGUCAGCGCGCUGACAUUCGGGGAAGGACAACACAAUUAUCACCACGUCUUCCCUUGGGAUUACAGAUCGGGAGAGAUAGAUAUCAGUGCGGUAAACUACACCACGCAUUUAAUCGAUAUGUUCGCAAAAUUCGGACUGGCGUACGAUCUCAAGUUCCCGUCUACGGAUUUGAUUAGGAAAAUCGCGAUGUGCAGAGGCGACGGCAGCUACCCUCUAAAUUACGAAGUCCCGCUAUCGGAGAAUAUCUAGAAUAUGCAGAAAGCUAAAUCUGGCGAAUAUGGGGUGAUGAAGCACUAUGAUUUUCUUGGCCAAAAAGUCGCAUACAAUUUUUUUAUUUGGGCGCAUUAUCAUCCAGCAACGGUCAAGACUCUUGUUCUCGGUAUUCUGCUGGAAUUCGAUGAAUCCUGUUUCAUAAACGACUGAGAACACCGAUCGAAGAAUUUUAGUAAUUCUUUUUAUGUUUUUGUGAGUGAGACUUGAUUUUGACCGCUCCAGGCUCGUUUUUGAUACUUUCCCUGUCAUCACGAAAUAGCCUAAACUACUUAAAAACAUUAGUACGAUUCAUAGCUUUACUAUCAUAGACACUUUGGAUCAUUUUUCAUUUUAUUUUUUAUUCGUUUCCGCGACAGUUUUGUCCAAUUUAAAACAAAAUGUAAUAUUAAACUCGUUGCUCCAUGACGUUUUUCCAACGCGCGCACAAAAGGUACUGUCAGACUGAUCCCCAAAACUUAUGACACAGAUGUUCGCUCGAUAUAAAAUUUUUAGGUUUAUUACUUGAAGGUUCAAGCUUCAAAAUGAAUAUAUUCAUUCAUAGAUGGUGUUCCAAAAGAGAAGAAUCUAGUUACUCACAGUUACUUUUAUGACAUACUGUGUAUAACUAGAAUAUUGAGUAGAUCAGUGCGCAGAGGACGGGAAGCAGAUAUCUAUACAAAUACACAUACAUCUGAAUUACAAUUAGAAGUUAUCGUUGCUCAACUGAAAAAUAUGAUAUAUUGGCGAUAUUUUUAAGUAUAUAAACUGUUUUCCAGCAAGGACACGUUAAAUUAUAUAAGGCCAUUUUAUUGAUUCAUAAUUUUAUUAGCUACUGCAUUAUUUAACAUCUAAGAUGAUAUAAUUUAUUAUCCUGCAUUGUUGGAUCGCAUAUGUCAUGUGAUUUAACUUCUCAUCUAGCAUUAAAUUACGCAAUAAAAAUAACACCAGUUCUAUUAUCGAAAAUCAGCAUGCUGGCACGUAUAACACAUACAAAUUUGCCGAUUUUGCAACAAGCAUGUUAGCUCAUAUAGUAGUUCUCAUGCGAUUUAACACGAAAAGCACACGAUAUGCUGUAGUCUUUAUCUUGCAUUGCUGUAAUAAUCUUGAUUAGUUAUUUACAAUUUUUAUGUUGUACGGAGAAGUGGGAACUUUACAUAUAAAGUGCCAAAAUAGUUACCGAUAAUCCUUACCAUGAUAAAAUUAAAUUAAUUGAUUAAAUUAAAUUAAUUGAUUAAAUUAAAUUAAUUAAAUUAAAUUAAAUUAAAUUAAUUGAUUAAAUUAAUUAAUUAAUUUAAUUAAUUAAAUUAAUUAAUCAAAUAUUAUUAUAUUGUUAUAAAGAUAAUAAAUAUAGUUGUAGUAAAAUGUUAAUCGCAAUAUAAGGAAUAAUUAUUGUAAGCAACAUUAUUAUAAGUUGUAAUUAGUUACACUUAGAAUGUUGAUCUUAUGCCAAUAGAGGACUAUUGAAAUAGGAUAAAAAAUGCAUAAAUCUCUAAUUAUAUUUA